UAAUAAAUACAGAUUCAAUACAAGAAAAUAAUAAGUGGAGUUUCAACUAAUCAAUUUAAUUAUUUUACUUUCUGUCAUCACCCCAAGGCACAAUAGUGAAGGCCACUUGCGCCUUGCAGGACACUACCUCACACGCAUGUGACUAUUGAGACAACGUAGUAUAAAACCCGAAUGUUGUCGUAUAGUCGUAGAUCAAUAGAUUUAUUGGGCUUAAAGAAAAAGAAAAGAAGAGACAAGAAAACAAAGAUACAGAAAGAAGAAACUGCCAGUCAAAGGAAAAAUAAACAUUUCUACUCUUUAACAUGCAUAAAUAGCACAACCCAUUUUCUUUGUAACUGGUUCUUUUUCAAAACUCAGUCAAAUGGCCACCACGUACCCACCAUCAUCGCCGCCACUCCACCACCAUAAACCCAUUUAUCACAACAAACGCAUAAUGAAAAAGAUCUUACCUCUACUCUUUUUCUUACUUUCUACUUUUGCAUUGGAAUCUUUUUGCAUUGAAGACGAUUUAACAUGUCUUGAAGGCUUAAGGAACUCAUUCACCAACCCACUUAACCGUCUUGCUUCAUGGGACUUAACGAACAACUCAAUCACUUUCGUCUGUAAACUUAACAGUGUUUCUUACUGGAAUGAGAAAGAGAAUUGCAUCAUUAGCCUUCAAUUAACGUUAUCUAAACUCUCCGAUCAACUUCCUGAUUCCUUAAAAUACUGUUGCAGCUUACAAACGCUAGAUCUCCCCAAUAAUGCUCUCUAUGGUUCGAUCCCACCUCAAGUUUGUGGUAGGCCACUUGGUCAGUGUGGUGGAUUGAGCAGCAAAAGUCUUGAUAUUAUUAUUAUCGUCAGUGUUCUAGGUGCUACUGGCUCUUUAAUCUUAGUGUCUGAGAUUUGGUGGUUGUUAUUUGUUAGGGUUAGUAGAAAAAAAAGAGGCAGUGAUGGUAGUAGAAAAGGUGGUUCAAGUUGGGUUAAUUUGUCAAGGUCACAUAAACUUGUUCAAGUUCCAUUGUUUCAAAAACCUAUUGUUAAGAUUAAGUUGGCUGAUUUAUUACUUGCUACUAAAAAUUUUGGUUUGGAAAAUAUUGUGAUUUCCACUCGAACUGGGGUUUCUUAUAAAGCUGAUUUACCUGAUGGUCUUGCUAUUAAAAGGCUCAGUGCUUGUAAGCUCAGCGAGAAGCAGUUUAGGUCUGAAAUGAAUAAAUUAGCCCAACUUAGGCAUCCUAAUUUGGUGCCUUUAUUGGAGUUUUAUGUUAUUGAAGAAGAGAGAUUAUUGGCUUAUAAGCAUAUGCCUAAUGGGACCUUGCAUUCUGAACUGCAUGGUUGUGGAUUUGGCAUCAGUCCUUCUGAUGUUCUAGAUUGUCCUACCAGGGUUAGGAUUGGUGUUGGUGCUGCUAGAGGCCUUGCUUGGCUUCACCAUGGGUACCAACCUUCCUAUACAUCAUAUAUCAGUUCCAAUAUGAUACUUUUUAAUGAUGAUUUUGAUGCUAUAAGUGAUUUUGGGUUAGCAAGGUUGGUUGGUUCUCGUGAUUCCAAUGAUAAUUCCUUUGUUAAUGGAGAUUUAGGGGAGUUUAGUUAUGUUGCUCCUGAGUACUCAAGCAUUACGGUUGCUUCUCUUAAAGGUGAUGUUUAUAGCUUUGGGUUGGUUACAGGGAAAAAACCAUUAGAAAUUAAUAAUGGAGAGGAAGGAUUCAAAGGGAAUUUGGUCGAUUAGGUUCAUCAUUUAGUUAGCACUAGUCAGAGUAAGGAUGCUGUUGAUAAAGCUGUAUGCGGGAAAGGUCAUAAUGAUGAAAUUAUACAGAGCCUGAAGGUUGCUUGGAGCUAUAUGGUUUCUAGGCCCAAGGAUAGGCCUUCUAUGUCCCAAGUGUGUAACUCUGUAAAGGGCAUGGCUGAGAAACAUGGUUUUUCCGAACAGUAUGAUGAAUUCCUAAUGAUCUUCGGUAAACAAGAUCCUAAAUAUAAAGAGUAGCCUUGUUGAGACAAGAUAAGAAGAUCAAAUUAUUAUUAUUUAUCCCUUGUUGAGAAUAGAAGCUUUAGGGCAUUUGUGCACUCUCUGCUAUCUCAUGGAAGACCUAUU